ACGAGCGGGUGACGCGAGCUGCAGGCCCCGCCCUUUCCGGGAUCGGAGAAUAAAUUCUAAACACAGCUUCAGUAAGCCAACGAGAUCAAAGAACGAGCACUAUGGCCAUGACCUUGGGUUACUGGGAUAUCCGCGGACUGGCUCACUCCAUCCGCCUGCUCCUGGAGUACACAGACUCAAACUAUGAGGAGAAGAAGUACACGAUGGGGGACGCUCCUGACUAUGACAGAAGCCAGUGGCUGAAUGAAAAAUUCAUGCUGGGCCUGGACUUCCCCAAUCUGCCUUACUUAAUUGACGGGGCUCACAAGAUCACCCAGAGCAACGCCAUCCUGCGCUACAUUGCUCGCAAGCACAACCUUUGUGGGGAAACAGAAGAGGAAAAAAUUCGCAUGGACAUUUUGGAGAACCAGGUUAUGGACACCCGCCUGCACCAGGCCAGGGUCUGUUACAGCCCUGACUUUGAGAAACUGAAGCUUGAAUACUUGAAAGAGAUCCCUGAAAAAAUGAAGCUCUACUCACAGUUUCUGGGGAAGAGGCCUUGGUUUGCAGGGAACAAGCUCACCUAUGUGGAUUUCCUGGCUUACGACAUCCUUGAAAUGCACCGUAUAUUUGAGCCUAGGUGCCUGGAUGCUUUCCCAAACCUGAAAGACUUCAUAGCCCGCAUUGAGGGCCUGAAGAAGAUCUCUGCUUAUAUGAAGUCCAGCCGCUUCCUCCACGCCCCAGUGUACUCAAAACUUGCCCUGUGGGGCAAUAAGUAGGGCCAGGAAAUCUAACUGAGAUGGCAUGGAGGAGCCCGUGGUGACCUGCUCUGCUCGAAACCUGAGACAGGACCUCUGUGCACCCCAGGAGCUUCUGUCUCCAUUAUUCUUUUCUUUCCCUUUAUCCCCACUUAGUCCUUAUUUGACUCCUUUCCCUCCUCCAGCUCCAUCCACCCAGACCCUUAGACCUCUACAACUCCCUCUAUUCUCAGCAAAGUCCUCCCCUGACCUUAUCCAUCUUGUGCUGACACCUACCAGACCUUCCUCCCUUCAGGGACUGCCUCUGCUUUGAGGAGCCUGACGGGACCUUGGUCUGUAGAGCUCAGCACUGAGCCCCCAGCACAGCCCUGAAGCCCAGUAUAGGCCUGGUGUACAGGUCCUAUCCCACCAGAGUGCUCCCUUCCCAGCCUCCUGAUCCCAAAUAAAGGCUUAUCACCGCUGC